AGUCGUAGGUAGGUUCGAGUUGUAGGUAGGUUGGUAUUGUAUUAUUUAUAUUGUACCUAGGUAGAGUAGGUAGUUAUCACGAUCACGCACGGCAUGAUCACGUUUCGUUCGUCUCCCGUAGCGUAGACCCGAGGAGACCCUAGACUAUUUUUGCGUUUUUUAUAUUCCUAAACAUUUCCCAGUGUGUUUAGUGUUAUUACUCUUCAUCAAAAUACGGGAUAUUUUGUAAACUACAAGAGCGAUAAUGUAGAUUCAUGUGUGCCGGCCAAAUAGAUUUUUUUUCUGUAUUUAUUUACUUUGCGCGACGGCUUCAUUUCUGUGAGAAUUUUGGGAUUCUAGAUAGCCUAUAAUUAUAUAGUUCUCACCCCGUGAUAUAGUACUCACGCGGCUAUCUAUCGCAUAGAUUUAUAUUGUUAUAUAGGAGUAAUCUAUCAAACAACGAAAAUUUUUUAUAUUCGAUCGACAGUCGUGCCUGAGAUUGUAGCGUUUUGCAAUAAUGGAGCAGCAGCCGAUGGUGAAGGAGAACUUGCCGGAGUCGGCGCCGCUGGCGACGCGCUGGCUGGCGGCGCUGGUGCUGCUGACGGGCGGCGCGCUGCUGCUGGCGGCGCAGCUGGACGCGGCACUGCCGCCCGCGCGCGAGCCCGACCCCCGCCGCCCCCACGACUUCAGCGGGAUCGCCGCGCACCGCUACCUCGCCAACCUCACCGCCAUCGGGCCUAGGGUGGCGGGUAGCUACGAGAACGAAGUGUGGACGGUGCGCACGUUGGUGGAGGCGCUGCGCGACAUCGCGGGCGCCGCGUCGCCGCACAACGUGCUGGAGCUGGACCGGCACGAGGGCGCGGGCGCGUUCAGCCUCACGUUCUUCGACGGCAUGAACAAUGUGUACCGCGGCGUGCAGAGCGUGCUGGCGCGCGUGCGCGGCGUCGGCGGCGACACGCAGCCCGCGCUGCUGCUCAACUGCCACUUCGACACCGUGCCCGACAGUCCCGGCGCGAGCGACGACGGCGCGGGCUGCGCCGUGCUGCUGGAGCUGGCGCGCGCGCUGGCCGCGUCGCCGCUGCCGCUGCGGCACCCCGUCAUCUUCCUCUUCAACGGCGCCGAGGAGAACAUCAUGCAGGGCUCGCACUCGUUCGUGACGUCACAUCCGUGGGCGCGCUCGGUGCGGCUGUUCCUGAACCUGGAGGCGUGCGGCGCGGGCGGCCGCGAGGUGGUGUUCCAGGCCGGCCCGCACGACCCCUGGCUCAUGGACACAUACGCGCGCGUGGUGCCGCGGCCGUUCGCGUCGUCGCUGGCGCAGGAGCUGUUCGAGAGCGGCCUGUUGCCCGGCGACACCGACUUCCGGGUGUUCCGGGACUUCGGCAAGCUCUCAGGUCUGGACUUCGCUUGGAGCGCUAACGGCUACGUGUACCACACGGCGCUGGACACGGCGGCGCGGGUGCCGGCGGCGGCGCUGCAGCGCACCGGCGACAACGUGCUGGCGCUCACUAGAGGGCUGCUGGAGAGCGCGGAGCUGGCGCGCGCGGCCGACCCUCGCUCGCGGCAGCCCGUGUUCUUCGACGUGCUCGGGCUCGUGCUCGUGCUCGCGCACGCGCCGCUCGCGCUCGCCGCCGCCGCGCUCUGCACGCUGGCCGUGCUGCUCAACGUGCACGCGCACGCGCACCAGGCGCGGCGCCGGCUGUACAUCGGCGCGGGCGAGUGGUGGCGCGCGGCGGCGCUGAGCGCGGCGAGCGGCGCGGCGGGCGGCGCGGCGGGCGUGCUGGCGGCGGCGGCGGCCGCGGCGGCGCUGGGCGCGGCCGACGCGCGUCUCGCAUUCUACAGCCGCCCAUGGCUGCUGGCGCCGCUCGCCGCCCUACCCGCGAUCACAGUAUCGUGGGUGGUGGCGCUGUGGAGCCGCGCGCGGGGCCCGUGGUGGGGCGGGCGGGGGUGGUGGGGGGCGCGCGCGGCGCGGGACGGCCAGUCGCUGCUGGGCGCGGCCGCACUGCUGCUGUGCGCGGCGCUGCGGCUCCGCUCCGGCUACCUGCCGCUCGUGGCCGUGCUGGCCGCCGCCGUCGCCGACCGCCUCGCCAUCAUUUUCAACAGCGACAAGCGCGGAGACGGCGUGCGCGCGACGCUGUGGGCGGCCAGCGCGGCGCUGCCAGUGCUGCAGAGCUGGUACCUGCUGCUGGCGCUGCUGGCCACGCUGGCGCCAGUCGCUGGCCGCGCCGGCACGCCGCCCGUGCCCGCCGACGUGCUGGUGAUGUGUGUGACGGGCGCCGUGUCGCAGUGGGCGGCCGCCUGGCUGCUGCCCUUCGUGUUGGCCGCGCGCCGGCCGCGGCUGCUGAUAUGGUUGUCGGCGGCGGUGUCGGCGGUGACGCUGGCGCUGGUGGCGGCGGGCCCGCUGUACGCGCCGUACAGCGCGGAGCGGCCGCAGCGGCUGUUCGUGCUGCACGCGCGGCGCACGCUGCACGCGCCGCUGCACGCGCCGCCCGCGCCGCCGGCGCACGAGGACCUGUUCUGGGUGCCCGAGCUCGACGCCAACACCGACCGCACGCUCCGAGGGAUGGCCGCCGAGAUCGGCACAGAGGUGCUGCAGACGCGCGGAGAGUGCGCGCGACGCGUGUACUGCGGCGCGCCGUACUACCUGCCGGUGCGGCGGCUGGUGGCGCGCGGCCGCUGGCUGCCGGCCGCCGCGCCGCCCGCCGCCGCGCUCGAAGCCGCGCUGCGUCUGCAGGACCACAACGCCUCCGUCGCCGACUUGCACAUACAACUCACAGGUCCGAACCACGUGGUGGUAAUCGUGUCCCCGACGCAGCACACGGAGGUGUCGUGGCUGGCGGUGGCGGGCGCGGGGUCGCUGGCGCCGCUGCGGGCGCUGCCGUGGCAGCAGCAGCAGCGGGACACGUACUUCGUUGCGCUCCACAGCGCCCGCCCCGACCACCCCGCGCACUGGAACCUCACGCUCACGCUGCGCAGGGACGCCGCCGUCGCAGGUUCACCUCCUACUCCACCUCUAUACGCUACCGAGCACCCGCGCGCCACGGACGGCGCCCGCUGGGCGUCGCUGUCCGUGUCGGGGCACACGCUGAGCGCGGGGCGGGUGGGGGACGCGGGCUGGCGACCGGCGCACGCGGCGCUGGCGGCCGCUGCGCCGCCGCACACGGCCGUCACGGGCUGGGGCGUGCACACGCAUUUCUACACGGUGUGACCGCAGCUCCGCCGCCCGCCGCACUACUGUACUCAUCGGCUCUCGAUUCACACAUCAACCGGUAUAUUCUGAAUUCAAUAAGUAGGUACGAUGGAUACGAUGUCUUUGUUCGAAAUUACUUUUUUAAUAGCCGAUUC